AUGGGGCCGCCCGCUGGAGCUGCUGGCCGAGUUGAGGAAAAAUCACCAAAACAGUCCAGCAAGCCAUCUCCACCGCGUCAGGAUGCCCCAUCUGACGCCAAACGUGACAACCUCCUGAAACCCGAAUCGUCAUUAUCCAAUGCCGAGGCCGCCAAACCACUCGCGCCUCCGCCACGUCCCGCUCAGAAUCAGCAAGGCUCGACGAACAGCCCCGAUUACUUCUCCAACCCCGUCGGCGGCGGAUCGCUAAGUCUGGAGCCGAAUCCCUUCGAGCAGUCCUUCGGUGGCGCACCGCCCGAGACGCCCGGUGGCACGAAGCUACCAUCCGUCGCCGCCCUGACGUCCCCGUCUUCACUCCUCCCCGGAACUGGCAUUACGCCGUUCGCCUGGGGAGGUGGCUCGCUGCGGACCGGUCCGCUGAGCCCGGCGAUGCUUUCGGGUCCGACCAAUGACUACUUCAGCGACACACAUCACAUCCGGGGCGGUUUCCCGACACCCAACGAGUCGUCUCUGAGGACGGGGCUGACCCCCGGUGGUAGUGGGUCUAUGUUCCCUGCCCCUAGUCCUAACUCACAGGCUAUUUUCGCCCUGGCUGGUGGCAGCACUGCGACCCCGGGCACCCUCGAUUUUCACCGGACCGCCCUAAGUGCCGCUGCCGCCAAGCGUGAGCAAGCGCAGGCGGCGCAACAAACACAACCAAUCGCGCCUACUUCGCAGCCCCAAGAAACGAGCAAUGGCAUCCAGCCCCCGAAGCCAGAGUCGAAGCCUCCGGCCGGCCCCUUUGAUCCGCACGAUAACGACGCAGCCAACGGUCUCUUUAUGCUAGCGCAAGGACGGAACAGCACACAACCACCCCCGGCCUCCCAAUAUCCCGUACUCCCCCCUGCGCAGGUGCACACAGUUACAGCACCGCCCGCAGCCCCCGCGGCACAGGCUGUCGCCGCGCCUCCGUCUAUGAACGGCGCGCCCUCGAUUGGAGGAAGCUCGGCACGCGGCAUGAGCGAGGCGAGCGCAGCUUCAGACGAGAGCGAGAUGGCGCGACCUAAUACCCGUGCGAGGGGAAAGCGGAGCUCGGGCGCCGCGGGGGCAAACACGCGGCGCAAGGCCGAGGAAGCUCCUGCUAAGGGCCCUGCCAGCAAAAGAUCAAAGACGAACGGCGGGGGCUCAAUCGGGGGCUCAAUCAGUAAUGGCAAGCCGGGCAAGGACGAAGGCGGUGGGACAUCAAAUUCGAAAUCCAAGAUGACUGACGAGGAGAAGCGGAGGAAUUUCCUUGAGCGCAACAGGGUUGCUGCACUCAAAUGUCGCCAGCGCAAAAAGCAAUGGCUAGCCAACCUGCAGAACAAGGUGGAGAUGUUUAGUAGCGAGAAUGACGCGCUCACAGCUCAGAUCACUCAACUGCGGGAAGAAGUAGUCAACCUCAAGACACUGCUCCUUGCCCAUAAGGACUGCCCCGUUUCGCAGCAACAGGGCCUUCACAGCGCGUUCAUGCAGCAAGCGAUUGAGCCCUUUAACGCCCAAAUGAACCCUUACGGGAUGGCGCCUUCCAUGCCGAGUCAGCCGGUAAUGGCUGGCCAGGCUGUCAAUCGCCGCUUCUCUUAA